GAGUAUAAAAAGAGUAGGACAUGGAAGAGGUUUUUGGAUUUUGGAGCAUCUUUUACGCAUCGGGUUCACCAGCUGUAGAGAACCAUGGACAUGUCCGCGGUCACACUCACAAUCUUUGGCUUUAUCUGCAUUCUGUCCACACUGACAGAUGCUACAACAGAAGAGCCCAAAGUGGAACUCCUCACCCAGAGCAAUGACGUUGUGGUGGGAAGCACAGUGUUGUUAUUUUGCAGAGCUAAUAAAGCUACAACAUUCAAAUGGCUGAAGGAUGGUGAAGAUCUGGAGGACAACAUAGAAGAUGAAGAAGAAAAAAGUAAAUUGACUUUAAAGAAUGUCAAGUUAUCAGAUAGCGGAAACUACACGUGCCUUGGCGAUUUUGAAGGUGACGAACACGAGCAAAUCAUCAGCAUAUAUGUCUAUGAGACACCAAACUUUGGUUUAACUAAGACAUACCAUGAGUUUUUGGUCAACCAUACAGCGCAUGUUCCAUGCCUGGUCACUGGGAAGCCUGAAGUGGAGAUCAACUGGUAUUGGAACAAUAUCCUUGUGAUAAAUAACGAAACGAAUAAUCUCAACGUUCUACGAGACGGGACAUUGCAGAUUACGAACAUUCAGAGAGAAAAUCAUGGCACCUAUGUCUGCGAGGGAAAAAUCAAAAGGCGGCCCAAAUCCCAGACUCUGAACAUCUCUGUUGUUGUAAAUGUUCCACCAACUGUCAUCGUUCGUGGUGAGAAUGCGAAGGUUGUGGCUGGACCAAAUAGAAGUGUCAGUUUAACUUGCUUGGUUACAGGAACACCUCAUCCAGUUAUUACCUGGGAGAUGCCUGACACAUCAGAUUCCUCUCGCUACAUAUACAACUCAGACAAGAGUAAACUCACCAUUCCAGGUGUGGCCAGAGAGGACUCUGGGAAAUACGUUUGUACCGGAGCCAAUAAAAUUGGAAAAGACAAUGCAAUAUUCACCCUAGAUGUUUCAGAAAUUCCAUCAGUACAUCUGAGCAAGAGUGAGAUGGUCGUGAAGCCUGGGGACUCAGUUUCUGUCUUCUGCAAUGCCAGUGGACAUCCCAAACCAACCAUACAGUGGCUGAACAAGAGCAGGAAAGGUGGCAUGUCGUCUACCGGUCGAGUGAGAGCCGUGGAAUCGCAGCUUCAGAUUGAGAAUGUGGUGAUUUCUGAUGGUGGAGAUUAUUCCUGCAAAGCCACCAACGAGGCAGGAAGCAACACACAGAAAUUCAUGUUAAUGACCUCUCCAGGAGAACCAACCUCGUUUACACUCUCUCCUGGACCCUCUGCGUUCCGCAUCAUGCUACAGAAACCUGUCCUGGACGGAGGUUCUCCCAUUACUCAGUACAUCAUCCAGUGGAAAAACAAAUCACAGGAAUAUUGGAAUGAGAUUGCAAUCCCAUAUUCUGGUCCACUGGAGGUCACAUCCCUGGAGCCGUACACUGAAUAUUUUGUCCGCUUUGCUGCUAAAAACAAGCAUUUUCUUGGAGGAUUUUCUGAUGAAGGGAAGAUUCGCACCCUGGCCAGACAGGGGGAACCAGAAGUACCUGAACUGUUGGCAGACGAGGGCCAAAUAGAGAAAAACACCUAUUCAGUUCCAUUUAAGCAGCUCAGCAAUGGCGGCUCUCCUAUUAAAUAUUAUGUUGUGCGCUACCGAAUGAGGAAGGAAGGUGAGCCCUGGAGAGAAAAGGAAACAGAUGCAAACUCCACUAGAAUUCACCUCCAGAAUCUUGAGUAUGACAGUGACUACGAGGCUGAAAUCUUUGCUGUUAACGUUAAUGGCUUCUCCAAAACCGAAAAAGUCUAUUUCACCAUCCCACAAGCUUCACACAGCUUGGGUAAAGGUGGUGUAGUGGCCAUAGUGUUGGUCAUCUUCCUGUUGAUGCUGUUUGGGGUUGAUGCUUUGUGUUGCUAUACAAAUCACUGUGGCAUGAUCAACUUCUUGGCCCGGAAACUGUUUGGUCCCAACAUGUCCGAAACUAAAAGUAUGGAGGAGGGUGUGUUUAACAACGUUGCUGUAACCAUGAAUGGGCUUGAGAAACAGAGAGGUAGCAUUCCAAAACUACAGCCACAAAACAAGACGGGAAACGGAGUGCGGCCGGACGUCACUUGUGACAAAGCACCUCUGACCAAAUUUGAGAAAGAACCAGCCAACGCUGAGUCAGUCAAUGAAGCACGACUGUAAAAUGUUUUUGACACCAGACCAAAAAGAAAGAAAGGCUUCAGUUGCAUUUAAUAGUAUGUGAUUGCACUGAUAAUGACAUUAACAGGGUAAAGAAUGGAAAUGUAGCUUUUGAUAAAUACAGUCAAUUUGUAGAUAUACGAGAGCAGCUAAAUGUGUACAGGAAUAAGAGUAAACAGAUUUUCUAUGCUAAUCUGUGCCAUGAGGGUCAUACUCUUUCAACAUGCUGUAAUGACUGAAGCAAUCAUUAUGGGAGGAUUUUAUUUGACACUGAUGAACAGACACUGCAUUAUUAUAAUUGCUAAUUUAUUUAAUAUAUUUUGGCAUUAAUGUAUUAUUAUGGUUAUGAUAAUUGUUUAUUCUUUUCUGCAUGAAUUAUAUUGCCAUAAGCUUAGCAUACGGUGCAUGUACAUGCAAAUGUGUAUGAUAUAGAUUGUAAGCAGUGCUGUAUAUUUUUGUAAAUACAUUUUGUCAUUUUACUGUAAUAUAUGUUUUUAAAAAUUGCA